AUGGCUACGUCAUUUUCCUCGAACAAUCUUUCGGCGGAAUCAGGAAAGAACGCUUAUUGUGAUCAAAAAUUAACAAACAACAAUAACAACAGCACGAAUAACAACAACAACAACAACAAUAAUAAUUUUUAUAUACAAAGCGCGUCGUAUUUAUUGAAAUCGCAUAAAAGUGACGGGAUUAAUAACGGUAGUGGCGGCGGCGGCGGAGGAGGUGGUGGUGGUGGCGGAGGCGGUGACGGUGGCGGUGGCGGUGGUGGAGGAGGUGAAAUCCUCCAAAACUCCCGACUCGAUUUCAAUGCAGGACAUUUGAAAAAAGAUGAUUAUUUUAAAAAUAUCACGGAAAGAACAAACGAUUUCACGGAUAAAAUUGAUUUUUUUCGCGGUACAAAUUUUUUAAAUUCGGAUUUAUACCGUUCGAAAUCCCCAAAUUCCGACUACGGAAGAAAUUAUCCUGAUUUAUAUUCCGGGAAACCGGAUGCUAAAACGGAAUAUUUUCGUCAAAGCGUCGCCGAAUACUAUCGUAAAAACCCGAAUGAUUUUUACUUUCGUAACGAAACAAAAUCUCCGGAUUAUUUAAAAACAGCCGCCGCUGCUGCUGCCGCCGCCGCCGCCGCCAAUUCCGCCAACACCGAUUUGUUUAGAUCGGACUCGAAAAGGGGAGGUGAUUUAAUUAAAAACGGUGAAAAAAGUCCCGGUUUAGAUUUUCUCAAACCUACUAAAUCUCUCAAGGAUGACAUAAUAUACAAACAGCAAAAAGUUGAAAGUUUAGAUUUCCGACGUAAGGGUGACGGAUUCCGAAAGGAUACCGAUGGAGAGUUUUUAAAACCGAAUUGUGAUUUUGGUAAACAACAACAACAACCGGAAGUGUACAAUGAUAAAAGUGAUUAUUACAGUGAAGUGAAUAACAAAACGGCAAACGAUUAUUUUAGAAAAUCCCCGGAAUUUUUCCGGCCGACAGAUGAUAAGAAUAUAGAAAGGUGCAGUGUGAUAUCGAAUCAUUCGGAUAAUUCCCAUUUGAGUACAAAUUCAACAGAAAUAUCCCAUCUAAGGCUGAAAAUAAACGACGAUAGUGAUUUCUUGCCACGUGAAAGUGCUGUGAACGGAGUGAUGAAUAUAGUGAACGCUAGCAUUUCCGGGUAUCAUGCGGCAAGCUCAUCUCCUCCCAUAUCCGGUAGCGAGAUGAAGCGAAAGUAA